UCUCUCGGGCAACCGGUAACCUUGCGGAGACUGUUUUUCGGGGGGCACCGGGAAUGGAACUAACGGGCAGCGUACAGUGCUACGAGUGGGGCAAACUGGGUGAGCACUCGUUUGUGGCCAAGCUGGCGAAAGCGAACGACGCGAAGCUGGACGUGAAACCGGAUCGUUCGUAUGCCGAGCUAUGGAUGGGCGACCACGUCAAUGGACCGGCCACGCUGAAGGGCGACGGUAGGACACUCGCCGCGGCAGUGCAAUCGGAUCCGGCCGGCACCAUCGGUACCGGGGCCGCGGGCACCAGUUUGCCCUUUCUGCUGAAGGUGCUCAGCAUCCGGAAAGCGCUCAGUGUCCAGGUGCACCCGAGCAAGAUCGAGGCCGAAAAGCUACACGCACAGUUUCCCGACGUUUACAAGGACGCAAACCACAAGCCGGAGCUGGCGAUUGCACUGACUGACUUCGACGCGCUGUGCGGCUUUCGGGCGUAUGGUGAAAUUUUGCAGCUCCUGGAGCGGUGGGAGCCACUCCGCUCGCUGAUCGGUGCGCCGGCGAUGGAGCGGCUUCGUGCCGACCCCAACCGGGAGGCGGUCCGGGUCGUCUAUGAACGGCUGAUGCGCAGCGAACCGGAUGCCAUUCGGCGGUGUAUCGAGAGCAUGGCCGAGUCCUUCCGACACGAUGCUGAAUCGUCGGACCUGCACCGAUUGUUCCUGCGCCUGUACGACGACUUUGGCUGUGACGUUGGCGUGCUGUCGAUUUUCUUUCUCAAUGUCCUGCACCUGAAACCGGGCGAAGCGAUCUACUUGUCCGCGAAUGUACCGCACGCGUACCUGGAGGGCGACUGCGUGGAGUGUAUGGCCUGCUCCGACAACGUGGUGCGUGCCGGCCUGACGCCAAAGUUCAAGGACGUCGAGACGCUGCUGCGGCUCGUGUCGUACGAGGGUGGCCCACCCGAAACCAUGCUGUACCGCGCCCGGGUGCUGGACGAGCACCGUCUACCGUACACGCGCACGUUCGUGCCACCGGUGCCGGACUUUGCCGUGUCGGAGAUUAAGCUGCCGGCCGGUGCACGACAGUACACGCUAGACAACCCACCGACCGGCUCCAUUCUACUCGUGACCAGUGGCCGAGGAACGCUACGCGGCCCGGAAGGAACCGAGCUGGCCCUCCGGUUCGGCACCGUUCUGUUUUUGCCCUGCCGGGCCGGCCGAACCAUAGCGCUGGAAGUGGAAGAUGGCGGCGAUGAACCGUUCCUGGCGUUCCAGGCAAUGGCGAACGGAUUUUUGGAAGCCUAGCUUCAAUGGGAGGUCAACAGGACUCAGUAGCUCAAUACCCAAUAACCCAUUUGAUCGAACAAUUUAUUAUUUACAUAAAUAUUACACAAAAAAAGAAACGGAAAGUAGAGGCCGCUGGAAAUUGUAACCAGAAAACGUAAACCGAAACAACAAAAAAACUAGGACAUAGGUAUAACAUCGUGCGUACAUCAUUUUCGAUGAAUCUUCUUAUAUUAAAAUGAAAAACAAAAAACCAUCCAGCUGAACCAUACUUCGGGUGAUCAGGAUCGU